UCACAGCGCGACUUUCCCGGAAGAGACGUGGCAUUGGAGCCAACGGUCAAAAACGCCCCCCCCCCCCCGGCCUGGCUAUCUCCGCCCUUUUUGUUGUUUCUUGGAUAGAGGCUUCUUUUGAGCCGGAGAAGAAGCUGGUGGAGAAGAGCGAGGGCCCGGUUGCCAGGGUUCCUGCAGAGAGGAGCUCAUUUGGGUCCUGAACUGUCACUCUGCUGACUAACAUGGGGCUCUGUAAAUGCCCCAAAAGGAAGGUCACCAACUUGUUCUGCUUUGAGCACCGGGUGAAUGUCUGUGAGAGCUGCAUCGUUGCUAACCAUGCCAAGUGCAUUGUCCAGUCGUACCUCCAGUGGCUUCAGGACAGCGAUUACAAUCCCAAUUGUCGGCUGUGCAAUACCCUUCUCUCCACCAAAGAGACAGUUCGGCUUGUCUGUUAUGAUCUCUUUCACUGGUCCUGCCUCAACGAGAUGGCAAAUCAACUGCCCCCAAACACUGCCCCUGCAGGCUACCAGUGCCCCAGCUGCCAGGCCCCCAUCUUCCCCUCUGCCAACCUGGUCAGUCCAGUGGCAUCAGUGCUGCGAGAGAAGCUAUCAACAGUCAACUGGGCUCGGGCUGGCCUUGGGCUCCCACUGAUUGAUGAAGCUGAGGUGCUCCAGGAAAUAGAUUCACAUGACACCACUGACUAUACUGACUGGUCCAGCUUCACAGUCGUCAGUUCAGAGGAUGCCAGCCAGCAGAGCUCCCAGUCCGCCUUUGCCUACAGCACGAGUGCCGCCCUCCCCUCCUCCCAGCAGCAGCAAGGCCUGAACAACGGGGGCCUGCAGGAGCAGCACACGGUCAUCAGCAUGAACGCCUUGGGUGGGGAGCCAGUCAUCAUGAAUGCAGCUUCUUCACCACGGAAAGUUUAUGACACUCGAGAAGGCGGUGGUGGCAGAGCCUCUGACACUCGGAUAGACUUUGACGAAGACAAGUACCGCCGGCGUCCGGCUCUUGGCUGGCUGGCCCAGCUGCUUAAGAACCGUUUCAGCUCCAGGAAGCAACCGCGGUCCUUGAUGCAGAGGUUCAUCAUCCUGCUCCUGAUUGGAGGGAUCGGCUUCCUCACACUCAUCAUCAUCAUGAUGAAGCUGGGACGGGCCUCAGCUGACAAUGACCCCAACCUGGACCCCAUGUUCAACCCACACAUCCGAGUUGGGCAGCAGUGAGUUGGGCAGCUUCCCCCACCCCUGCUGUAUGUUCUGCCCUGCUCCAGAGCUCCCGGCUACUUGGGGAAGACUGAACUGGGGAUGGCUCCCUGGAAAAUCUCUGCAGCCAGAUGAACCUCUUUCCCUGAAAGAGCACAGCCUGGCUCUGAAGCCCGCAAGGCCCACCUUGGUAGCUUAAAGGAAGAUGCCCUGAGUGAAGGGGGGCAGUCUUCCUCUUUCUCUCCUGUUCAAUGUGGAUCCCAAGCUCGGGACUUUCGCUUUUUGGAGCCUGCUAUUGGUAGCCUUCAGGGAUACUGGUCUACAAAGUCACGUGGGCAACAGAGGAGGCCCACCAGAUGGAUUUCCAGCAGGGGGCUGCUGCAUCUGCUUGGCAGAUUGCCCUGAUGCUUUAGAGGAAAACAAGGGUACUGAGUCUUGUUCUGUCAGCUGCCACUUUCUGGAACCCCUUCCUGCUGUAUUCAUCCAAGCCUACAUCUGUUGUUGGGAAGGUCAUUCCAGGUUUCCCUUGUCACUUGGCCACGUCCUCAGCUUAGGAGGUAGUGGAGGCUGAGAGGGUUGUUUGUAUGCUUUUCCCUGACAUAGUGUUUAAGAUUUUCAUUGAAGGGAAUGGUAGAAUCCCCCCCAGUGUUCACUUUCCCAAGCCAGCAGUAGUAUCUGAUGCUGUUUGAUCCCCUGGUGUUGGUCCUCCUCCUCCUCCUAUAUCGAGCGGGACCAUUUUUCGACAAGCCACCUGUGUUCCAUGAAUGCCAGGAGUGCCUCCAUCGAUCUGGAGCGUGCAUGAGAGCGCUUGCCAUGAAGAGAUGGGUGCUAUCCAAACCAGGACACUUGCCAGACUUAUAUCAUUCCUGAGUCUCUCUUUUCAAUGUGGUGGCAUUCUAAAAGAGACAAGCUGCCGACCCAGCGGAUGACACCCCUGCUUCCUUUGGUUUGCCCAUCUGUGGAGUUUCUGUAGCUAAGAAAGGCAUCAAGCAAUGGAGGAACUCUUCCCCCCCGCCAAACACACACAAACUCCAUAAUAUGUGGGUGGGCAGGACCUUGCUCUCAUAGGUCCACAGUAUUUGCUGCAUUACUGGCCCUGAUGAAAAAUUUGUCCUGUUUGGGCUUAAGUUCCAUAUCUGGCUCAGUGGGCCUUUUGAUGAGAUUCAGGGGAACUGAUUAUUGGGAUAUGUUACAGCAUUCGUGGCUGUAAUGGCUACAUCUCUUCAAACCUGGUUAAGAACAGUUGGUGGGUUGCACUUUUUUUCCCUUUUUUACUGUUUGGGGGGGUGGGGCUUUAAGGAGUUUGCUUUUAAGUUAUUUUGUGUGUGUGGUCUGAGAUGCCCUGAAAUCAAUAGAUGGGCUGCCAGAUCUUCAAGAUAGCUGCCUAUCUGUUGCAGGCUCCUCUCCACCACCACUACCAGCCUCGUGGUGGUUUCUGAGGAGAGCAGUUUCCAAAUGUUACCCAAGACUCUGCUUUUAAAACGGCAGAUGAUACUGUGUGGAAAGCAGCUGAGAGUCUGGAUGAGUUGUGUGCCCCCUGAGCUCCUGGAUUAUUCCUCUGUUCUAACUCUGCUGUUGCAAAACACUAAGAAGGCCCAUGUGGCUUUAUUUACUGCCUCAAUUCAUACGGUUUGUGGAGGGCCUGGUAGAAACACAAGACUGUGUAAGAGACUAAAGCAAUAGACUUGUAUGUUGCAAUUCUAUUAAAUGCUGUUGGCUAAA